AUGCAUGAUCCGCAGCGUGUCUACACUCAUCUUCUCUGCAUACCUGCCGGCGCCGUCACCUCAUACGCUAUCCUUGCACGACAACUCUCGUCUUCUCCUCGGGCCGUAGGCGGAGCUCUGCGGAAGAACCCGUAUGCUCCCAAGGUGCCUUGUCACCGAGUCAUCGCCGCUAAUGGCUUUGUGGGUGGCUUCAUGGGUGACUGGCAGAAAGCGCCGAGCGGUAUCAAUCAGAGCAAGAAGCUUGACUUGCUGAAGGCAGAAGGUGUGGACUUUACUCCAGAGGGAAAGCUGAUUGAGAAGGAGCAUGUCUGGUUCAAAGGCCCUUGGAAGAGAUGA